AUGGCUUCCAUGGCGCAAACCCCCGACUCUGCGGCGACGCCGUACCAAGGCAAACCCCUGCCAAACGUAUCCGAAGAUCUGGUGAUACCGGGCGUGCUCCAACUCGACUGUGACGAGAGACUUUGGGUUCCUCAAGCAAAGGAUGUGUGGUUCCGACCUCUGGUGCUCAACGUCUCCCAGGGGUACUUUGUCAACAUCCUGCGUGUCCGCAAAUCCGGCAUCCUCUCGCGACAUCGACAUACUGGACCAGUCCACGCGACGACUCUCAAAGGGAAGUGGCACUAUCUGGAGCACCCCUGGUGGGCGACGGAAGGGAGCCACGCCUUUGAGCCGCCUGGGGACAUCCACACCCUCGAGGUGCCCGACGGGGUCGACGAAAUGGUCACUCUUUUCCACGUCACCGGUGCGUACAUCUAUGUCGACCCGCAGGGGAACGCGCUGGCGAUCGAAGAUGUCUUUAGCAAGCUCCAAAACGCCCGGGAACACUAUGCAAAGGUCGGGUUAGGCGAGGAUUAUGUGGACCAGUUCAUACGAUAG